GCGCACCCGCGGGACGCCUGCCGCAGUGCCUGCUGGGAGGGCCGCAGGGGCUGCCGGGAGUCCGCGGCAGAUCCCGGCGGCGCGAUGCUGCUCUUCUGCCCGGGCUGCGGGAACGGGCUGAUCGUGGAGGAGGGGCAGCGCUGCCACCGCUUCGCCUGCAACACCUGCCCCUACGUACACAAUAUCACCCGCAAGGUAACAAAUCGGAAAUACCCAAAGCUGAAAGAAGUGGACGAUGUGCUCGGUGGAGCAGCUGCGUGGGAGAAUGUUGACUCUACUGCGGAGCCAUGUCCCAAAUGCGAGCAUCCUCGUGCAUACUUCAUGCAGCUUCAGACCCGCUCUGCAGACGAGCCGAUGACCACCUUCUACAAGUGCUGCAGUGCUCAGUGUGGACACCGCUGGAGGGACUAGGGCCAGGCUGGCCCAACUAUGUCGUUGUCUUCCUAUCUCAUUCCCCAUAUUUUAGUGUGCUCUCUGUGUCCUGAGGGUCGUUUUCCUGGUGUGACAGGAAGCUAACCCUUUUAGGGUCUCCUAGUGUAGCUAGCAAGGGUGUUGGGAAAUGUAUCCCAUCUACUACUCAGUGGAUGAGCUCAUUAAUGUCCAGGGAGGUUGUGAGUUGGGGGAGGAGUAUCCAUAACUAAGCGCUCCGUUUAAGGUCCUGCUUGCUCACCUUGGGCAGUGGACAUCCCCCCACCAUCUACCAUUACUCUGGAAUAUUUAAAUUGUGUGCAGAGCCAGUAAAGGAAAAGUUAUUCAUUCAGUACAUUAGAAAUCUCUAAGUAUUUAACUGUUUAUUGCAAACUUAUUUAUUCAAGAUCUAUUCUGAAUAUUUAAUUAAAAUGAGAAGUCGUAUAUUGUGUUCUCAGGUGAAUGCCUCAGGUAGGCAUCCAACUGCAAAUCACCAUUCCAGAAUCAGCUCCUGUACUCACAGCAAACUGGUGAUAGAAUUGCUGAUAAGGUAGAUUUUGAUUUAUCAUUUCUAUCCCUGUUUCAUAGGAUUACAGUCUAUUUAUAGGAUACUGUGUUUUCAUACUUUGUACUUUCUCUGUUCAUCUUUCCACUCUAAAAGAACACCUUUGACUAGGUGGGGCUAGGGUCUAGGUUAUCAGUGGGUGAACUUCUUGCUCACGGCCUUGGAAUUAAUUUGUUUUCCAAUUAAUUAAUAAUGAAAUUUCACUAAUGAAACCACAGGACUUAAAUUUGUGUUUUUGAUACAGAUCUUUACUUUUUGGAGGCACUUGGUUUCUUUCCCAGAAAUGAUUAAUCUUUAAAGUUUGACAUGAUUGUUUUCAUAUUGCUGUAACAGGUCCUGAGCCAUUAUAUAUAACUGGUUUUAUUUCAGAAUAGUUCCAGUGUUAACAAAUGUGAUUUUAUCAGGUGGGUGUUAUCUUUAGCUAAUCUUUUCCUUAUGCCGUUAGUUUUAUUUCCUUAGGUGGCAACCUUGCCAUUUGCCUUUGUUGCUGAGGCAGCUUGGAUUGGGGGUGAGGGUCACACACCCUGCAGUCAGCCUCCGGUCUGCACCGUAGCUAUGAGAGCUUGGUGAAAUUUCUGAACCUCUGCCUUCGUUUCCUCAUGUGUAAAUGGAGAUAAUAAUAUUCUAUUUCAGGGGUUUCUAAGCUUUGGUAAGAAGCCAGAUAGUAAAUAUUUUGGACUUUGUGGGGCAGGAGCCAAACUGUAGGAAAACACAAGCAAACAGACUUCCACAAUUUUCUUACAGAGAAAAUCGAAAAUUUCUCAUAGUAAGUUAGUAUAGUAUUCUGUCAAGCGGGUUUUUUGUUCCAGGAUUUCUUCCCUUUCCACCCCUUUUUCUCUCUACUUGUGGAAUCAUGGUGUGGGUUGUGUGGUCUGCUUAUCUUGGGUUAGUAAAUUCUAGCUUCGAAAAGGUGGGAGGGACACUGACAGACCAAGAGAAGGAAGCUCUCUUGAUUAGGUUGCUAGAAAAGGGAUGGCUCCAGGGAGUAUAAAAGUAUGUGGUCGUAAUAGGUAAGACCUAGGCUAAGCUGUUUGAAGUUUAACUAGUAGACAGAAGUGUGAUUAUGUCUCUGGUCAUUCCUAAGGUGUUUUCGUGGGCUUUAGCCCUUGCUUCCAUCUUUCUGUGGGUCCUGGCUUUCUCAGUCUCCAAAGAGCUGCAGCUCUGGGGUGUCCACACCAUGCCCAGGAUGUAUUAAUGCACAGAACACAGGUGCACACUCACACAUAAAAGUAUGCACACUGAAAUGUGACCUUAUUUGGUACCCCAAAGAACAUACAGCCAAGAAGCAUAUGAAAAGAUGCUUAUCAUCACUAAUAAGGAAGUGUCAAUUAAAAACAACAUUGCAAUGUGUUUUCCUAUCAGAUUGCCAAAGAAUAAAAAGAUUGCUGAUGUGUACCGCUAGGGAGGGUUGCCUGCAUUCUCACAGUUCUGGGGGAGUAGAAGAAGGUAUAUUUUUGGAGGACCACUUGACUAUCUAUCAAUAUUUUAAAAUGCUGAGCCUUAGACCCCACAGUUCCAUCCCCAGCAAUUUU